CUUCAGUCCUCUUUUUGGCCUUGCUGGAGGUGCACGUGCUUCUUGUCCUGUUACUUGGUGUUACUGGGUAGCUGCAUAGGGGUUCUGGCUUGAUGACCCUGUGCCGUGUGCUAAACACUGCCAGGCCUGCUUUGUGGUUGCCCUCAACUCCAGCCUUGGUUUCUCCUGGGGACUAAUCCUAUUCUUACUCAUAGGUGUUUUGGGAGCAGGAGUGAGAUAUGUGUUCAUUAAAUGUCGUACCUGCAGAAGAAAAUCGAAGACUGCCAUCUUGGACCACUCAUGGUGAUGGAUUUCAGUGCAGCCCCACUCAUCUUUGGGAACUUUACCAUUCUGCCAGCAUUUCCGCUUCAGUAGUUGCUGAUAUUUUCCCCAGGCAACGUGCUCCAUGGCACCUUCUUCAGAGGCAACCUGGAUUGAUGUCAGAACAGCGAGGUAGAAGGUGCCAAUGUGAAUCCUCCAUCUGUAAGCAGUGAGGAUGGUUGAUGGAUCUCCACACAGCACCUUCUUCUGACUGAUCACAAUCCAUUUAACUAGUUGGCUACCUGAAGAUGAAAUGAGCUGGAAAACUGCAUGAAGUAGGCUUUCAGAAUUUGUACUGGAAUCUGCUUCCCAAUAAUCUGUGUGGAUUUUUCCAGCAUCAAAAUAUUUCUACAAAUUGAUUUGGUCCUUAGAAGGCUCAGCUGUGGGGAAUCCAAAGCUGAAUACAGAAACCCCAGGUCACCACAUUUGGCUGCCCCAAGUGAAUCAUUAGUGCUCUCAGCAACUCAACUGGUUUUGUAUUUAUUCUAAAUUUGGAAGUACUGCACCAUUUGGACAGCACGAUUACCUGACAGAAACUACAGACACGUCAGCUUUACACCCUUCUAACAGUGGGAUUAGUUCUCGGACUAGCUGCUGUCCUGUGGUUAAUGUGGGAUGGGAGAGCUGAAAAUCAUAGGAAUGCAUUACCUUGGAAGAACGCCGAUUUCCUGCUCACAGAAGAAAGCUUCCUGCAUGGGUGAUGGACAGAGACUAUGGAUAUGCCUGGGAAUGUGUUUAGUACUAAGGAUGCUGACACUCCACGUCUGCAAGCCGUUGAAUUCUUAUCAGCCACCACAGGGCAAGUGAUUGGUUUCAGAGAAUGAAUGGAGCCCGCUAUGGUUGCAUGAUAUGGACCUUCUCAAAUCAGCCUUCCAUGUUGGAGGGUCCUGCUGAAAGGUGGAAUGGUCAUUGAAGAGGUGCCAGCUUUGACCAAGAGAGAACAUAAAUGGGUCCUAUGAACAGCCUCCUGUGUUCCACCUAAGAAAGAAACAAAAACCUUUCAAGACCUGCAGCACAAAAGAAAAGCUCUACAAAAAGAGACACCUUCAGAGCAAAAAUGAGCUUUGAGAGAGCCUACAAUGCCUUUAACAUCAGCAAUAGCACAGAUCUAGCUAUUGGAUUUACCUCUUCCACAGUAGCUGUUCUUCUAUUUGGGACAAAUUUUGUGCCAGUUAAAAAAUACGAUACUGGUGAUGGAAUGUUCUUCCAAUGGAUUCUCUGUGCUUCCAUAUGGAUAGUUUCUUUGGUGGUCAAUUUAAUCCAGAAUUGCCCCCGCUUUUGGCCUUUGGCUAUGGUAGGAGGCUUCCUGUGGGCUACAGGCAACAUCACAGUUGUUCCUAUUAUUAAAACCAUAGGCUUAGCUCUUGGUCUUUUGAUAUGGGCUUCUUUCAAUUUGCUGACAGGCUGGGCAAGUUCCAGGUUUGGAUGGUUUGGAAUUGACCCAGAAGAGGUAGCAAGACCAGUCUUAAAUUAUAUUGGAGCCGGACUUUCACUGUUAAGUGCUGUCAUAUUUUUUUUUAUCAAAACUGAAGUCCAAACAUCUUCAGCUUCAUUAGAAAGCACGCCAUUACUCAGAGAGUCUUCUGUUAAUGCUUCUGAAGACACCUCUGAUGUCUCAUGGGUGACCAAUCUUUCUCCAGUAAAAAAAAGAUUUGUAGGAUGUAGCCUAGCUGUCAUAGCUGGAGUACUCUACGGUUCCAGUUUUGUACCAGUGCUUUACAUCAAGGACCAUGGAAGAAGAAAUGGAACAAUAUAUGCAAGAGCAAGUCAAUUUGACUUAGAUUAUGUUUUUGCACACUUCAGUGGAAUAUUUCUUACAAGUACCAUCUACUUUUUGAUCUACUGUGCAGUCAGGAAAAACAAACCUAAUGUUUAUCCCCAAGCCAUACUACCAGGGUUUGUUUCUGGUUUGCUUUGGGCUGUAGCCAAUUGCUGCUGGUUCAUCGCCAAUCACUAUCUCAGUGCUGUGGUCAGCUUUCCAAUAAUUACUGCAGGUCCUGGCCUUAUUGCUGCAAUGUGGGGAGUCCUUGUGUUUAAAGAAAUCAAGGGCCUGAAAAACUACGUAUUACUCUCAGUAGCAUUUUGCAUCAUUUUGGCUGGAUCGCUCUCCACAGCUUUUUCUAAAGUUUGAAGAUCUUCUUACCAGUAGAUGGUGCUGCUGUCUUGUAUAAUCAAAAGCACAGCUGUGUGUGUCAACGACUAUUUGCAAAAUGCAUGUCCAACAUUUAGCAUAACUUUUUUCAGGGAAGUUAAGAAAAAAAAAAAAGAAAACCUUUAGCAGGAAAGAAAAUCUGGAAAUGUUUAUUUCCACAUUUCAAGGAUAUCAAAGGAUCUUAUUAAAUAAAGCCAGAUGAUUGAAUAGUUAGUGAUUUUGUUGGUUUAGGUAUGAAACUUGCAUCACCAUAAAUUCCAGUUCACUGCUGUGAUGGUGGAGAAAGGGAAUCAAUAUUCUGUGUGUGUUUACUAAUUCAUCUUAUUCCAAUGCUGUCUUACUGAUUUGACUAUAUUAUGUCUGGAAAUACUUGUGUUUUGGAACAUAAGAUUCAAAGAUGUGAAACUUGUUUCUUAUUUAGAGGCAUUAUUCUUUAAAGAUAACAAUUCAUAUAAAAAUAUUCCAAUCAUUGCAGAUUGGAAGUUUUGAAGGAAAUGCAGAAAGAAAAAAAGAAGGUACUGAAAAAUAAACUAGUGCUUGCUGCUACUGUCUUUGUUUAAAUGCCAUAACAUUAUGUAGAAAUCAUGACCAUGGUAUGAAUUGUUGGGGUUUUUAGUGAGCUCUUGUUGAGUGGACUAAAUCUGUCCAGAAAAGUUCAACACUCAGACUGCAGUCUUAGGGGGAAAAAAAAACAACAAGAAGAGCAGCAGUAUGGCUAUGUUUUCCAUCUACUUUAUAAGCUCUACUCAUAGCAUGUUGAGAUUACAUUGUAAUUUCAUUCAAGUUUUAGUCUGGAAAAAUCACAGAAUGGAUUGGGUUGGGAGGAACCUUUAAAAUUAUCUAGUUCCCACUGCUGUGUAAUCUGUCCCCAGCUGUGCUAGGAAUAAACAAGCAGCAUUGCUUGAACUAGGGGACGUAGUUUACCUCUAACCUUGACCACCUGUUUCCCAUCUUCACUACAUGAAGUAGUGUUGUAGGCCCUGUCUGUUUCUAUAGUUUCCUCUUUUGUUUGGUGCUGUGAGUAUCCUGAGUGGAGGUGUCUUGGGUUCAGAGUUUUGCUCUGUCUUGAGGGAUGCUCGUAAGUUCGUGUGUGGUGUGGGCCCAGUAUUUUUCUGCCAGAUUGGAUUGUAGGAAACAUUUGAAUCUACUAGGGCAGGAGCAACUUUGCACUUCCUCAUUUCUGCAAAGCAUUAUUUGGCUUUCUGGAACAAACCCACAUGCAAUUUUGUACAGUCUUCCAGUCUGUAUUGUAAAGCUAUGAGACGUGACAACUUAAUUGCUUAUUGUUAGGGCAGCAAUUACAAUUCUUGUUUGGGAAGACUCAAAUAUUGGCUUUGUUAAAUGUUUUUUUAGCACAUUUCCUAUUUGAUUUGCCUUUUUGCCUUGCAAAUGGGAAAAUUAAAAAAAAAAAUGAACAAACCACCAUCUCUUUGCAGCUCUUAUCUAUUAAAAAGCCAUUAUGGUAAUGCGUCAGGAGGUUUGGUUUAAACAUGUAUUUAUUCCAAACUAUCUUUUCAAGGUGGUCACGUGGAAUAUUAUGAAGAUAAGUAUUCCACUGAUUUUUGAGAUGCUCCUGAAGUUUGGAAUAUGAAAUACAGCUUUAAUGUUUAAAUGCUGAACCCACAGAGUUCUGUUUAUAGAGCUGUUUAUACACAACAGCCUGACAGCAAAUGUUUAAUGAGAGAAUAUUCUGCAGCUGAUCUAAAUGACCAUGGCUCUGCUUAUAUCAGCAAAGUUCUGUGUUUUUGUAUCAGUCAAACAACUGAAUGGAAUAUUUCUUUUCACUGUUGUUGCUUAAUUUUUUGUAUGUGUAAUUGAAAGAAAAAUCAAGUAGGAUCAAGAUGGGAAAAUGACACUUCUUGAAGAAAGUUAUAAUGUCGUAUACGUGUCUGGGACUGUUGAAUAAUGCGUAAGAAUAUAUUUGAGCUUGUUACAAGAAUUUUUCUCUGGUGAUCCUUAAAAGCAAACUAAUCCUUCAAGUACAGGUUGACAGGGAGUUUCCAAAUUAGAUUUUUGUAUGGGUGUGGUGUUUGCAACAAGGGUACUCAGCAUCACCUGUUUAGAGCUCUCACACCUUGUUAUUCCUUCCCUGUAUUCAUUAUCAAUUUGCUUUCCCAGGCUUGCAGCUCUUCUCCCAUAAUUCUUUUUAUUCCUUCAUAUUCUUUGUAAAAAUUGUUAAUAUCUAGAAAAAUAGAUACAUUCACUCCCAUGUCCUUUAAAGCAGCUAGUGAAAUGCAUUUACUAUCUCUAUAUAUGUUUCUGUGUUUUAUCUACAUUAGAAGUUUCUUUUUCAAUCACAAUUCAAGGUUGACUAAAUAUCAGUUCAACAGUCUGACCUGAUCCCUGUGCAUUUUUGCAUCUGGAAUGAAAAUAAAAUGAUAGUCAAACAAUGCAUGCUAGCAA